GCUGUAUUGGAACUAAUGCUAACGGCGAGAGAGGCAGGGGCAAGAGAUGAGUGGGGUUUUCGCCAACAGAACAAAUGGCAUGAUCCUGAUAAAAAGAUGAUAGUCCGUGAUAGGAUGCGGUAAGUAGAACGGUCAGUUUGUCGCGUUUAGAUAGUAAAGUGUUGCUCAAGGAAGGCAGUUGCAAGGACCUACCAUAGCCGGAGUUCUGUCGGGUAGGCUCCAGCUCAUCACCGUACUGCAGUAUGUUACUCUAACCGAGAAGAGUGCAACGCCGCGGCUAUGAUCUCGAAGCUGAACCGGUCGCUGGGUUGUCAAAACGGUGGCGUUGUAGCGUUUAGUAGUUUUUAGUAAUGCGUACAUUGUGUUCGUAAUCCUCUGCUUCUAUGCAAGUAAAUGUUUUAUAACAGUUGCAGAUUCGGUAAACGCGUUCGAGCCGCAGUUCGCAAAAAUAACCAAAUGACACCCACAGUGUGAUUUCGGUCCUGUUCACAUCAAGGUUUUAAUGCACUGUUCACACAAUAUUCUGUCGCAUACCUCAGGUUUGUCUGCUGUGACAACGCGGCAGACGGCAUGGAGAGCACGGGCAGUAUCCAGCUCGACAUCCCGGACUUCAGCAACUCGGUGCUGUCCCACCUGAACCAGCUACGCAUGCAGGGCCGCUUGUGCGACAUUGUGGUGAACGUGCAGGGCCAGAGUUUUCGCGCGCACAAGGUGGUGCUCGCCGCCAGCUCACCGUACUUCCGCGACCACAUGUCACUGAGCGAGAUGAGCACGGUGUCCCUCUCGGUGAUUCGAAACCCGUCGGUGUUCGAGCAGCUGUUGUCAUUUUGCUACACAGGCCGGCUGUGCUUGCAACUGGCUGACAUCAUUAGCUAUUUGACAGCGGCCAGCUUUUUGCAGAUGCAGCACAUCAUUGACCACUGCACACAGAUCCUAGAGGGUAUCCACUUCAAGAUAAACCUGUCUGAAGUCGACGGAGACCUGGUGGCAGCCCACCGGGGGUCCGGCCGGACCUUGGAGUCUGGGGGUGUUGCCGGGAGUUCAAUGGGUCCGCACCUGCUCAGCCCCAGACACAGUACCCCCAAGGUGACGGGCCCGUGUGGAGGUGUAGGAGCGAUGGAGGGACACAACGCACGUGAGGCGCAGGACGUGAGCCCGGCAGGCAACUCCAUGAGCCCUCCGGUGGUGGAGCACAGUGGGCUCGGGUCAGAAGCUGUGGGCAAGGGGGGGGUGAGCGGCAUCAGGGAAAAGGAGCCAGUCCUGCGCAUCAACCGAGCGGGGCAAUGGUACGUCGAGUCUGGACUAGAAGACAGUAGGGAGGAGGAGAUACGAGUGCGGGUGCCGGAUGGCCUGCGGAUCAAGACGGAGCGUUUGGAGGAAUGGGGUGGCACGGAAAUGCAGGCGUCGGCGGCGGUUGAAGUGAGUGGGACCGAGGAAGGGGGUGCCCCCAUGAUGAUUGACGCCUCAGGGCGCAGCUCACUGGUGCAGGAGGAGUUUGUGUCGGGGGCCUCUGGGUCAAAGAGCUCCCAGCCCUCCAGCAGCUUCAGCGAGACCGAGAGGUUCAGUCCUACAGGUAGUGUUGUGGUGAUGGCUGAGCGUCAGAGGGCCAAGAGUGAGUCUCCAGGGAGAGUGUAUGAUCAGAAACAUCCCAGCUCGCAGGGUGAGGAUCAGGCCAUGUUUGACAUGGGUGGCUACGAGGACUACCUGAGGGAACAGGUGGGGGAUCGCUGGUUCCGCUACAACCCACGCCUCACCUGCAUCUACUGCUGCAAGUCCUUCAACCAGAAGGGCAGUCUGGACCGACACAUGCGUCUGCACAUGGGCAUCACACCGUUUGUGUGCCGGAUAUGUGGGAAGAAGUACACACGGAAGGACCAGUUGGAGUACCACAUCCGCAAGCACACAGGAAACAAGCCCUUCCACUGCCAUGUGUGUGGCAAAAGCUUCCCCUUUCAGGCUAUCCUCAACCAACACCUCCGCAAGAACCAUCCUGGUUGCGCCCAACAGGAAGCCGCCCACAGUGCCUCCCCUGAAACCACCACCGUCUCAUCGAGGGGAGGCCAGGCGGAGGAGGAGUCUCCUGGCCAGGAAGAAGGGGAGGGGAAUGGGGCAGGAGGAGGGGCCACGUCCUCACCAGGGGAGGGCAUGCAGCCCUCGGUGUCCACCACCGGGCCUGAUUGAGGUCCCAGAAGAGAAGAGAAGAGAAGAGAAGAGAAGAGAAGAGAAGAGGUUCAGAAGAAUGAGGUGAGGGUUGAAGAUAGGGCCAGGGAGAAUCUCGCUUUUGGAGAAUGUAUCUUACUCCCUGCCCUCAACAAGCAGUCUCAACCUUAGCUCUAUUCUCAGCUCUUCCUCUAACCCACACCCACACCCACACCCUUCCCCACCCCACCAUUCAGACUCAAAUAAUCCAAACAGCAGAGGCAACACCUCAGCGACAAAUGAGAGAAUUAAACGUGAAUGAAUUUCAAAGCUGCUUUUCCUCACUGUUGGGAUGGGAAAAGGGAGGAUUGACCUAAAUAUGGAUAGCUGUAUCUGUCUUUUGCAAGUAUUCAUUUUAAAUAUCCUCAUCAGAAAUGUGUGAAACAAACUGACAAAGAUGGAAGAGUUAGUGUACUAGCAGACUUUAUGUAAUGGUUAUUUAAGAAUGGUCUCUCUGCUUUAAACCACAUCUACCUUCACUAAUACAGACUCAACCAGAAGCUAUCUAAUGAAGAAACUCCACACUUCAACAGCCUCACACAUCGCUGGAUGCAGUGUUUUGCCUUUCCUGUCUUUAAUAUGUUACUGUUUUUUAUUUUUGUUUUUCUUUUUUAAAAGGUUUUAUACUACUUAUAGCAAAAGUAUAGUAUUCAGGAAAAAUAUGUUAACAUGUUUAAAUUCGGCCAGAUUGCCAAGGUUUUUGUGCCAAAUAUCGAAGUUAAAGGGAAGAUUUUGUUUUUUGUUUUUAAAUUUUGCCUUCUGACAAUCUCGUUAAACUCUGCUUGGACGCAACACUACCACAGCAGACUCUGCCAAGUGUGUUGUCUAAAAGACCUUCAGGUCUGAUCAGGUAGGAGAUUUGAAUAAUUUGAUCUUUCCAAUGAAAAGUGCCAAUUCGGCUUUACGGGUGUUUACACACACUCAAAGACUUGGAAAAGCCUCUAGUAUCAAAUCAUAAUAUAACAAUAUAAAUUUGUAGGUUUUAGAAAAAGCAGGGAUGUUUAAUUACUUUAUCAAUCCUUGUGUCUUAGAAUGAAACUGCUUUGUUAGAUAUGUUGAUGGCUACGUGAUGUCCCUUUGGACAAACAGAUGGUCCUACUUCUCACUUAUUUUACAUAUUAUGUAUGCUCUGGAGCGCCUUUCAACAUUCAACAUUUUCAAAUAGCUGCUGAAUGUUAAUAUCAACAGUAAUAUAGAAAACAGGAAAGUCUUCAACCUCAGAUAAGCUACUAGACAGCUCAGUUACCUCUCAGUCAUCAUUACGCAAUACAGAUCUGUUACCAGCCGACUGGUAGAUGCACUCAGUAUUAGUAUUAUUAUUAUUAUUAUUAUUGUCGUUCAUUUUCUUUUAUUUGUUGUACUUUUAAAAGGACUACUCUUGUAAGUCACUUGCAAUGAAAGGUAGUUGGGCUCACAGAGGUCAAAGAUUCCAGCUUUGGUGAUGUAAUCCUGUUUAGAAUGGCCUGAGACGAGAGUCCAAGACAGCAGGGACCAAAAGAACCUAGAACCUAGAUCGGCUGUGGAACCCGCAUGGGGCAGAUAGAACCCGUAGUUCAUCCUCCUCACUCGGUGGUGUUAAAGCAGCACAGAAUGUUAUGGAACAGCGACCUUCAUAUGUUCUUUACCUCAACUGAUUGACCAGCCGUGGCUACUGUCACCAGUUUUCAGAGACAAGACCAUUUUUGUGCCCUUGGAGGACUUUCAUUUGUUUCGCAUUCAAGACUCAAAAGUAUUACAACUAAGCGAUUUAAGUAUGGUUCAAUUUAUGUACAUAAAAAAGGAUCCGUAUCCACCGAGAGGGUAAACAACUUGCUCUGUAGUUUCCGCUUCCCUAGCUAUGUUUGCAAUCGAGGAAACACGGCCACCAGUUUGAUAUCAAGAAGGAAAGACAUAGUGGGAGUGAAGUAAUGAUUUGUCACUUACAAGGAGGAGAUUAUAUACUAGACAAUAUUACAUUACACUGGACAAGUGAAAAGCAGCCAUGACUUGCCUGAAGGUUGAGUGUAGUCUCAUAAGUGAACUGCAUGCACUGAAAUUACUUUCUCUACAUAGUAGAGUAUAGCCAGUUGAAUACAAUUAGCCUGGCUGAGUCUGAUGAAACUUUCUCUAGGUUUACAGAAUUGAUCCCGAGCAUGCAGUAAGCCACUGAAUCUCUUCAGCCACUACUGUAUACCAGAACUAUGGGAGAUGGACAGCCUGAUAUCAAAGAUAAAAGUUGUAUGCAUGAAGUUAUUAUUAGGACAUUAGUUGCUUAUCAGAAUUGCUUUAAGUUGUUACGUCCUUGUGCCUUUUUUGAAAACUAAGUGACAAUUGGUAUGGAAUUCUGUGGCAAUAAGAGUUAGCACUUAUUGCUAUGGAUCCAUGUAUUAGUCCACUAGUAUUCUGUGUAUUGAUUAAUAUUAAGUUUAUUGAUGUUGCAGUGGUUACUGUGAUGCCUUUCAAGCAGUUGAGCGGGGUUUGAUUCCUGGCCAACGCAGAUUGCCUUUCUAUAGGCGUUUCAGGCCCAUUUUAAUUAAUUGAUUAUGGCCAGUAACUUUAAUCAAUUUUACGAUGUCACACAGUUACUGAAUAAACAUGCAGGCCAACAGUGACUGAGCUAUUUUGGCUGUUGGGAUUUGAAAAGAAUGAGUUAAAAUCAUGAGUCUAUGACGUGUCCAAUACUAAGAUGUAAACAAGGCGGCCAUUUUGGUGUUGGGCUUAAUGUGUCCUUGUUUGUUUGCUUUUUUGAGAUAAAGAUUACAUUAAACAAAGAAUUUGGCCGAGUCAGACAAGACAAGUGAGACAAGUAUAAACUGCUACUUGUCUCAAGCAGGAGUGGUACAAAAAGUUAAUGUCAAACGCCUGAAAAAACGUGUGCCAUGAACUCUCUCACUUACAUGCCGCUGUAACGGUCCAUUUUCUUAAUGUUAUUUUGAAGCACUGAGUCUUGCCUGCAAAACAAAGAGAAAGUCAGUAGAAAGGAAGUAAAAAGAAAUUGUCUUGUGACCAAGACCUGGUGGCAUGAGUUGUGCUGGCAAACUGCUGUGUAUCUAGGAAACCAUAAAAGUAUCAGAAACCUCUGUGGCUGCUUUAAAAAUGUCAUACCUCAGUGUGACGGUUUUUACUUCACCACCAACUACACUCACAACACACAUUGAUUUUAAUCGAAACUCAGUACGUUCAGAUCAUAGGACCACAAAUGAGGAGUUAUAUGCAAGGCUUGUUAGAGAGGGAUGGUUUGGCAGAAUGUUCCGGUAACGGUUAGUGCUUUUGUAUCAUGCCUAGUUUAUGCUUUUUUUUACUUGUUAUAACAAAUGACAAGGCAGUAGCAAAAGACAGUCAUGUUAUGGUCGAAUAGGAUAUUAUCGGUGAUCAUUUUAUUUUAAGAGCUGUGAAUCACACUAAGGUGUGACUUUUUUUUUUUUUUUUUUUUUCUUUCAAGUGGAAAUACAGCUACUGAUACUUUCAGGUGUUGUUUGUCCACUAUGUAUUAACAGGUCAGAACUUUGACAACACAAAAAGACCUCUGCACAAAUCAGCCCAGGCUGGCAAUUCCGAAUUUGCCACGGAUAUCAGGAAUUCUGUUUCCUUGUGUUGUUUUUUUCCUCAUUCUUGUUAAAGCAGUUCUGUGUCCUAUUCAGGUUUUCCAAUGAGUCGGUAACAGUCACAGGCGUGGACAUGCAAGUACUGAAGAUAUUAUGCAGUGUUUGCAUUUCUUGACUUCUGCCCCUCCCCUUCAAUAUGUGGGGAACACACAACAUCAUCGGUGGGCAGAGAUGGCUGUCUCUUUGGAAGUGGACUGAUUGCACGGCUGGACCAUGUUGAAUUAGAUGCUGAUCUCAGAGCCUAGAAGAGUUCGAGACGCAAUUUAGUUUGCUCUCAGCAUCUAUUUUCAUCAUUGAUAACAGAAUGUAAAGCCAGCUAGCCUAAGAAAGCCUUUUUUUCCAAAAAAGUAUAACAGCAGCUUUAAGAUGGAUAUCUGUAUCUUCCUGUGAUUCCACAGGACACAUAGUAAUGGUGCUAUGGGAUGCACAGUGUGCAUUUGUCAGUGGAGUUAAGGAUGAGACUGGGCCAUGCUAAGAAUACACUUAGCUUUGGACCUGAUAUACCGGGCUGAAUGGUGGUCUCUCUCCUGGACUCUUUUUAUGCCGUUGGACCUAAUACAGGCAUUAAGACCUACCUGGAUUUAUAAAGAAUCAAAAUAACUAUAGGAGGAGGUGUCUAUCAUAAUGCAAAGUUUGGCUAAUGACCAUGUUUUAUAUCUAAUUUACAGAAACAGGGCACAUGCGUACAUAUCCUCGUGUAGGUGACAUGCAUUGGGGG